GUUACUUUAAAGAGAGUAUUUGAUUAUUGCAGUUUAUACAAGAAAGAAAUGUUCCAAGUAUCAGCGCGAAUUUUAGUUAUUGUACUUUAUUUGGUGAGAUGUUUAUGUACAACUCACAGUAAGUUAUUCGAAUGGGCUCACCAUACGGUUUUAGACGGAGAAAACAAUUUUCACCUGAAAUGGAAACCUGGCGAAAAAGACAUAACCUUCCAAGUGGAAGUCGCCACACACGGCUAUUUCGGUUUUGGGCUGUCUCCUAAUGGAGGUAUGAAAGGAAGCGACAUGGUAAUUGGAUGGAUGAAGGACGGGAGGCAUUUCUUUCACGAUUGCUAUGCAACAGGAGAAACUCGUCCUUCCGUUGAUGAACAUCAAGACUGGAAAUUUCUCGAAGGUUUUGAAAACGAUACCCAUACCAUCUUUCGAUUUCGUCGAUCUUACUACACGUGCGAUGAACACGAUUUUCCCAUUACGGUAAUGCUAGGUGUUGGUUUAUAAAUGUUUAUCGAGAUU